AUGGUCAAUUUUAUCGCCAAGUUUGCACCGAACAUUUCAGACGUCACCGCACCUCUGAGAGAACUCGUCAAGAAGAACGUUGCCUUCCACUGGCUCGAAACACACGAGAAAGCGUUCCGAGAUCUACAGCAUUUACUAACUGACCCUGCUACUCUGCGUUACUACGAUGUAGCAAAACCAGUGACACUCCAAGUCGACGCUUCACAAAACGGUCUUGGAGCUGCUCUAAUCCAAAACCAAGGUCCAGUAGCUUACGCAUGGAAAGCCAUGAACGACACACAACGACGCUACGCACAGAUCGAAAAGGAACUGCUGGCUGUUGUUUUCGCCUGCACAAGAUUCCAUCAGUACGUUUAUGGUAAAACCAUUACUGUCGAAAGUGACCACAAACCUCUGGAAGCUAUUCUCAAAAAACCCUUGUCACAAGCACCGAGUCGCCUCCAGAAAAUGUUAAUGCAGCUACAAGCCUACGACAUCAACUUGGUUUACAAGAAAGGAAGUGAAAUGUACAUCGCUGAUGCGCUGUCACGUGCAUUUCCUCCUGAGAUAAUACCAGAGCAAUUUGAAGAAGACAUAGCUUCGGAGCGAUUCAUCCAUCUGAUGUCAUCCGAGUCUUACGUCACUGACCGGAAACUCCAAGCCAUCAAAGAUGAAAUCCAUACAAACGAAACAAUGCAAGUUUUGGUCAAACAGAUACAAGAUGGAUGGCCAGAUCAUAAGAUACUGGUUCCAAGUGAAGUACAACCGUACUACCCAUAUCGCCAAGAACUGACAACCGAAGGCCCAUAA